UUUCUCUUCAACAACGGGUAGCAGAAUUGGAAAAAAUAAAUGCGGAAUUUUUACGUGCACAGCAGCAGCUUGAGCAAGAAUUUAAUCAAAAGAGAGCAAAAUUUAAGGAGCUGUAUUUGGCUAAAGAGGAGGAUCUGAAGAGGCAAAAUGCAGUGUUGCAAGCAGCACAGGAUGAUUUGGGACACCUUCGGACACAGCUGUGGGAAGCUCAGGCAGAGAUGGAGAAUAUUAAGGCGAUUGCUACAGUCUCUGAGAAUACUAAGCAAGAAGCUAUAGACGAAGUUAAAAGACAAUGGAGAGAAGAAGUUGCUUCACUUCAGGCUGUUAUGAAAGAAACAGUUCGUGACUAUGAACACCAGUUUCACCUUCGACUGGAGCAGGAGCGAACACAGUGGGCACAGUAUCGAGAAUCUGCAGAGCGGGAAAUAGCUGAUUUAAGAAGAAGGUUGUCUGAAGGCCAAGAGGAAGAAAAUUUAGAAAAUGAAAUGAAAAAGGCCCAAGAGGAUGCUGAAAAACUUCGUUCUGUCGUGAUGCCCAUGGAGAAGGAAAUUGCAGCUUUGAAAGAUAAACUGACAGAAGCUGAAGACAAGAUUAAAGAGCUGGAGGCCUCCAAGGUUAAAGAACUGAAUCAUUACUUGGAGGCUGAGAAGUCCUGCAGGACUGAUCUAGAGAUGUAUGUGGCUGUUUUGAAUACUCAGAAAUCUGUUCUACAGGAGGAUGCUGAGAAGCUGAGGAAAGAGCUGCAUGAAGUUUGCCAUCUUUUGGAGCAAGAACGACAACAACACAACCAGUUAAAACACACAUGGCAGAAGGCCAAUGACCAGUUUCUGGAAUCUCAGCGUUUACUGAUGAGAGACAUGCAGCGAAUGGAGAUUGUGCUAACUUCAGAACAGCUCCGACAAGUAGAAGAACUGAAGAAGAAAGAUCAGGAGGAUGAUGAACAACAAAGGCUUAAUAAGGGAAAAGAUCAUAAAAAAACAGAUACUGAAGAAGAAGUAAAAAUACCAGUAGUGUGUGCUUUAGCUCAAGAAGAAUCUUCAGCCCAGUUAUCAAAUGAAGAGGAACAUUUAGAUAGCACCCAUGGAUCAGUCCAUUCCUUAGAUGCAGACAUGCUGUUACUAUCUGGAGAUCCAUUCAGUAAAUCGGACAAUGACGUGUUUAAAGAUGGACUCAGGAGAGCUCAGUCUACAGAUAGCUUGGGAACCUCGAGCUCAUUGCAAUCCAAAGCUUUAGGCUAUAACUACAAAGCAAAAUCUGCUGGAAACUUGGAUGAGUCGGAUUUUGGGCCACUGGUUGGAGCAGAUUCUGUGUCUGAGAACUUUGAUACUGUAUCUCUUGGGUCACUGCAGAUGCCAACAGGGUUUAUGUUAACCAAAGAUCAGGAAAGAGCAAUUAAGGCAAUGACACCAGAACAAGAAGAGACGGCAUCUCUCCUCUCCAGUGUCACCCAGGGCAUGGAGAGUGCGUAUGUGUCCCCCAGUGGUUACCGCCUAGUCAGUGAGACAGAAUGGAAUCUCCUGCAGAAAGAGGUCCAUAAUGCUGGAAAUAAACUUGGUAGACGUUGUGAUAUGUGUUCCAAUUAUGAAAAACAGUUGCAAGGAAUUCAGAUUCAGGAGGCUGAAACAAGAGACCAGGUGAAGAAACUUCAAGUAAUGCUAAGGCAAGCUAAUGACCAGCUAGAGAAGACAAUGCGGGAUAAACAGGAGCUGGAAGAUUUCAUUAAGCAGAGCACUGAAGACUCAAGCCACCAGAUCUCUGCACUUGUUUUAAGAGCUCAAGCAUCUGAGGACUUACUUAAAGAGUUACAACAGAGCUUUUCCCAAGCACAGAGGGAUGUUCAGGAACAGAUGUCAGUGUUGAUGCAGUCACGAGAGCAGGUUUCAGAAGAGCUGGUGAGGCUCCAAAAGGACAAUGACAGCCUGCAAGGAAAGCACAGCCUGCACAUGUCCCUGCAGCAGGCAGAAGACUUCAUUCUCCCUGACACUGUGGAGGUGCUCCGGGAGUUGGUGUUAAAGUACCGUGAGAACAUCAUCCACAUGCGGACAGCAGCAGACCACAUUGAAGAGAAGCUGAAGGCUGAAAUACUUUUCCUAAAAGAGCAGAUUCAAGCAGAACAGUGUUUAAAAGAAAACCUUGAAGAAACUCUGCAACUAGAAAUAGAAAACUGCAAGGAGGAAAUAGCUUCCAUUUCUAGUCUAAAAGCUGAAUUAGAAAGAAUAAAAGUUGAAAAGGGACAGUUGGAAUCCACAUUAAGAGAGAAGUCACAACAGCUUGAGAGUCUCCAAGAAAUAAAGGUCAAUUUAGAAGAGCAGUUAAAGAAAGAGACUGCUGCUAAGGCUACUAUUGAACAACUGAUGUUUGAAGAAAAGAACAAAGCUCAGCGAUUACAGACAGAAUUAGAUGUCAGUGAACAAGUCCAGAGAGAUUUUGUAAAGCUUUCUCAGACUCUUCAGGUGCAGUUAGAGCGGAUCCGGCAAGCAGACUCCCUGGAGAGAAUCCGGGCAAUUCUGAAUGACACCAAACUGACAGACAUUAACCAGCUCCCCGAGACAUGACAUCCUGAUAGCAGGAUUCUAGCCUGCACUUUGGAUUUUUAACUCAUCUUCAGAGCAACAUUAAUUAUUAUUUAACUCUUAACAGAAGAAGUCACAACAAAAGGAAGACUGGAGAAAUGCCCAUUUCUAGUGGGGGAGCAAUGCGCAGCACAGGAAUAGCCAACAGACCUUUCCAAAGGGAGCACUAAUGGGACGCCGGCCUUGAUUCCAACAGCUGUGGGAUCAGAUCUGGUGAUGGGAGAAGUGCUAUUUCUUUGCCUGCUUUCUCCCAACGUAGACUUUGGAACAUACUUACCACAUGAAAGCAACUUCCUAAUAGUGUUUGGAAUUAUGUUUUCUGUUCAUAGGUAGUGAAGAGAGGUUUCUUUUUCUGUUGUCUAGAGCUCAUCAGUAGCAGUGUUCAGCUAGCAGAGUAGCGUGCUGUAUGAGUAUUUUAUAUUAAAAUAUGAAGUGUGAGAGCAGGCCAUUGGCUGCUGACAGUCUUUACCUGGCUCAGUGCAUUUUCUUUUCUUUUUACUACUUUUAUCUUCUAUUGGAGGACCUUAAAUGCUACUGAAACUUGCCUGAGAACAGUAGGACUGUGGCAAACAGGCAACUAAACAGAAUUUGGAGAACAUGAACUUGGCAGAGGCCAUAUAUCUUGGAAGCUGAAUUUAAAGGAAAAGCACAAAGUUUGGAAGCACUUUUCUCCACACCUGGAUGAUCUUCCUGAGCUGGCAGGUACCAGGGUAAAGGUGAACUGGCACCAUAUACUCUUUUAAGUGUUUUAGUCAUUGGAUCAGUGGAAAAACAUUAAUAAAACAAGCUAUGUCUAACAUCUAGAAUGCA